UUCCUCUUCCUACGUUCUUCGGCAGCCUACAACUAUAACUCGACACCUAUUAUCAUCUACGAGACACGUGUGCUGUUUUCCACACGUGCCACCCCGCCUACCCACUCCCUUUAAGUACCAAUUUCAAAUCGUAAAUUUAUCCAUCGCCGGCUCCAGAGUGACAGAAACCGAAAUGGAAGUUAACGGCGGCGCAGUCUCCGAUCCCGAAACUAUCCGUUCUCAGUUCCUUCAACUACUCCGUACCAGACGAAAUGCUCAACUUCCUUUGACUGUGGAACCUGCGAAACCUGUGGUUAAGCCUUUGUUCCAAGACGUUACCCCGCCAACCUUCAGUGAGGCAAUGGAAUCUUGUCCAAAGGCUAACAUUGGAAACCUUAAGGAACUGCUCAAAGAGGAAAAUCUGUAUCUCCAUACUGAGGCUGGAGAUCAAGGAAAAUUGCCCGUGUUGAUUUUAAGUACGAAAGGAAACAAUCAAGAAAAGAGGCCUGCUGUUGUUUUUCUGCAUAGUACUCAUAAGUGCAAAGAGUGGUUACGCCCAUUGCUUGAGGCUUAUGCUUCACGGGGAUAUGUAGCCAUUGGAGUCGAUUCCCGCUAUCAUGGUGAACGGGCCAGCAGUCUAACUACUUAUAGAGAUGCCCUGGUAUCAUCAUGGAAAAAUGGGGAUACAAUGCCAUUCAUAUUUGAUACGGUGUGGGAUUUGAUAAAACUUGCAGAUUAUUUAACCGGGAGAGAUGACAUAGAUCCUACUAAGAUUGGAAUUACUGGCGAAUCACUUGGAGGAAUGCAUGCAUGGUUUGCUGCUUUUGCUGACACCCGCUAUGCAGUGGCAGCCCCAAUAAUUGGUGUUCAGGGAUUUCGAUGGGCAAUAGAUAAUGAUAAGUGGCAGGCUCGAGUUGACAGUAUAAAGGCUGUAUUUGAAGAAGCAAGGACUGAUUUAGGCAAGAAUGAAAUUGAUAAAGAAGUGGUGGAGAAGGUUUGGGAUAGGAUUGCUCCUGGUCUAGCCUCUCAGUUCGAUGCACCUAACACGGUGCCGGCUAUUGCACCUCGCCCUUUGUUAAUUGUAAAUGGAGCUGAAGAUCCCCGUUGCCCUCUUGAAGGCUUAGAAAUUCCCAAGACAAGGGCAUACGAGGCUUAUGGAGAGGCCCAUUCAGACAACUUUAAGCUUGUGGCUGAACCUGGAAUAGGGCAUCAAAUGACACCAUUAAUGGUGAAAGAAGCGAGUGAUUGGUUUGACCAGUUCCUCAAAUAAUAAUUGUAAGGGCCUCUGUCUGUGUUGUUAUUGUUUGUAGAUGUAAUGUAUUUCCUAAUAUGUAUGCUUCAUCAUGAAUGAUUUGAUGAACUCAGAGAUCAAAUCUCUUAAUGUACUUAUAAUUCUUAAUAGUAAGAAAAUAAUUCCCUUCUUUUGA